AUGCCCGAAAUCGGUUCAUGUACUGACAUAACAUGUGAUGAUGAACUUAAAGAAUUAUAUAAAUGUCAUUGUUGUUUACGUCUUAUUUGUUUAUAUCAUUUAAAUGGACAUGUUGAAUUAACAAAACAAAAUAAACGACGAACAGAUAGUCUUCGUAAGGAAUUACUUACAAUUGUAAAUACACUACAAUUAAUUGUUGAAGAUAAAUUAUCAACUAUUGUACGCGAACAAAAUUUGAUUGAACAAGCAAAAAAAAUUCUUGACACAUCGAGUAGUUCAAUGGAUGAAUUAAAAAAUAUUUUCGAAAUAAUUAACCAAACAAUAGCAUUAAAUCGGACAGAAAUUAUGGUAAAAACCGAAGCAUCAUUAUCAGAAACAACAUAUCGUCCUUCUCUUUGUAAAUCUAAUAAGGAAAAUAUAAAUUCAAAUGAUGUAGAAGAAGAACCGAAAAUCUCAAAAGAUAAUGAAUAUUCAACGGAUAUCAAUCAUAAUAUUGUUGAUAUUAUUACACUUGAUGGAAUGGAAGAAUCGAUUCAGGAUGAGAAUGUAGAUGAGAAAACAAAGAAAUGUAAAUCGACAUCAUUCAGAAAUAUUUAUGGUAAAUGUCCAUUAACGUUUGAUGGAGCAUAUGGUCUUACGAAAGCGAAUCAUUCUAUUGAAUUUUGUGAAUAUGGAACAACUCGUCGAAUUGAAUUAUAUCUUCACUUCACUUAUAAACAUCAAUUAAAGAAAGUUUGUGCUCAACGUUUGGUACGAGCUUUUGCCGAUCAUAAAGAUUCGAGGAUAAUAAAAUUAUUUGAUGAAAAUGAAGAUGUGAUUGAUCAUUUUUAUAAAAUUCCAUGUCCUUUUUAUCAACGAGUUAAGUCAUUAAAAUAUAAUGGACAAAAUAUAACCAUUCCACCAUGUCAACGUCGUUAUGUUGCAUUUUAUCAAUUAGCACGUCAUUUACGACUUAAUCAUAAGAUAUCUAAUUCAUUGACACAAAAAUUAGUUAAUGAUUUGAAAAAAAAAUCGAACAAAAAAUGA